CAAGCCCAAGCCUUCCCAGCAUCCCUCAUUCUCUGCCUCUGCCCGCCAUGGCCAACUCGGAGGAGCACGUUGUGCCGCGCGUGAAUGCUUUCCGCGGCUUCAUGUCCCAGGUCUGCGAGCAGGUCUGCAUGGAGUUCGAGCGCGAGGUCACCCAAAUGUCGGAGGACAUCCUCAUGUAUCGCGGCGAGCUCGCCAAGUGUGCGGAUCUCUUGGCGUACCAACUUGGCAAGGAGAAGCAGUACCACAACAUGCUGGAGAAUAUAGCAGGGAAUACGUCGACAUUAAUAGGGAAGUCCUCGGAGCUGGGGCAGAAGCACUCGGCCACGGAGCCGCUGCGGGAGCAGAUGAAUCAGCUCAUGGAGGCCAUGUUCAACACCCACAAGGAUGCGCACUACGGACAUGCUGGCAUUCAUGACGAGCACCGCCAAAUGGUGGAGAGCCAUCUCAUGACCUCCGCGCAGCUCCAGAACCAGGCUGAGGCAGUGCAGGCUGAGCUUGACAGCAUCAUGCGCGUCCUCUCCGUGCCGGUCGUGUCCUACACCAAAGCCCAGAACGUGCCGCGGCCGAGCCUCACGCAAUCGCCGCAGCAGAGCAGAAACCCGCAAUCUCCGGGCACGGCGGGCCAAUCCCCCUCGGCGAAUUUCAGCCUGGGCGCGUCUCCGAAUGCUAAGCCAGCACGAGGUCCGACUGGCGGCCAAGUGCAGACGAUGUCGGGCUACGGCAAUCGCGCUUCCGGCCCCGGCGCGGGUGGCACCGGCAUGGGCGGCAUGAGCAUGGGGAAUCGCGGGCAAAUGGCUUAGGGCCGAGGUGUUCCAAGCCCCGAGUUCGACAGAAG